AUGAGUUCUGACAAAAUUGACUAUCCAAAAGCAUCGAAAUUAAUUAGUGAUGCUGGGGUUAUCAUUUACAUAGGAGGAUUUCUCUUAAUCAUUGCAUUUAUAAGCCCUUAUUGGUUGGAAUCAUAUGAUGAAGCUUUCAUAAAUUUUAAGCACAUGGGUUUGUGGACAUACUGUUUUGACCACUUCCGAUACCCUCACUAUCAAUUUGAAAAACUCUUUGAUGGCUGCAAUACAGUAUUCAGUGAAGAAUAUUACGUUAUUCGAGAAUGGCUAUUACCAGGAUGGCUAUUAUUUUUGGAACUUUGCAUGACUCUAGCAGUAUUGUUAUCACUUGGGACAUUAGCGAUAAUUGCUGCUGUUGUAACUAGAUAUCCACAACGUCUUGUACUUAAAUAUGAGUACAUGCUAUCGGCUGCAUGUUUCUUAGCGGCUGCAACUACUGCUAUAUUGAUACUGUUUACUGUAUUCCUGUUCCCAUUCAACUGUUGGAGACGUGAUUGGCUCAUGUAUCCUAUGUAUAACCAUCUAUCGUGGUCAUUUUAUAUUGCUAUUGUAUCGGGUUUUGUGCAUGCUUAUGGAGCAUGGUAUUUAUUUCAGGACGCACAAAUCGCUUACGAACAAAGAAGGGAGAGCAAAAAUUUAGUCAUGCAAAUGUAUCCUCCUCAUGAGCGUAACUUCUAUGAUCAAUAA